CAAGAGUUUGAAUAGCUGCAUGAAAUAACGUUUUCUGGGCUCUUGAAGAUUCUUGUUUGUAUAACCAAUUUAUCUCCAACUUCAAGAACAUAAAAUGACUACUUGCCUGAUAUGAUUGCCACUUUCACAGACCUUGUUCUCACCCUUUAUAACGUUACUUUUCUGAUGUGAAAUGGAUGUUUUUUUUAAUGACCUAUAUAUGAUCACUAGAAUUCGGGUUGCAGGGCUGCAUGUCAUGAGGUGUCUGUAGGCAGUGCUGACUGCCAGUUGUGAGGCACAGCAGGGAACUCGUAAGCUGGUAUUAAAUACAGACAUUCUGCAUGGGGAAUACUGGCUCAAGUGUCAGGCUGUUACCACACAUGACAGUAAAUAUAAUUUCAAGACACUGAUGACAAGAUCAAAACUCAUCAACACGGCUGUAAGAAACAACUGCAAUAAGGCAUUUGAUUCAACUUGCAAACCUUUACCAAUAUUCAAACUCUUUUUUUGCCAGCUUCCUCCCUGAUCUCUCUGCUCUUAAGUCAUGGUUUCUAGAUAGCUCUUCCUCUAUUUAUGAACAAGCAGAAGUCUAUGUACUCGUCAUUUCAGCUGAAUGCUUGCCAGACUGGGAUUGCUCACGGUUUGCUGUUGGCUAUUCUGAUGUGGAGCAGCAAUCACUGCCCUGUCUGUGCCUGGAUUUCAGAAGUUCCUCUACUGUGCUUUUCAGGGAGACCUGCCAGAUAAGUCUUUCCUUUUCUUCAGUCACAACAAGGAAAUGCACUUAAGCAUUUUUACUGGCAUCCUGGCAGCGAUGCCUCUGUAAGUCCCAGGCCUGAGGCUGUUAUACUCCAGAGCCUGCUCCUGCAGGUGAAGUUUCUUUCCAGCCUGUGCCAUGGUCAUGGUCCCAGGCCCAUUCGUAUGUGCUUCUCUUGUGCGUCUCAUGUCACAGCUGUGCUGCGAACAUGAAGAGCAGUGAUGAGUAAGGAAGGGAGCCUGCUUACUGCCACAAACUCUUACUAUUUUCUUUUUUGGAAAGAUGGCUUGCUUUGUGGGCCAUCCUUUGCUGAGUCAAAGGUUACAGGCCAUUGUUAACAGCUUUCUGCAGCCUUUCCACAUACUGGAGGAAGGGGGGUAAUUAUUAAGGUGUCAGCACCUUAGUUCACAUGAAGAUCUGCUUCAGCUAGCACAGCUGUGGAUUCUGCUCCUUAGCCUGUGGCUAUGGCUCCCCUCCUGUGCUCAGCAGGUUGCAUCUGCCUCUUUUCUGACCUGAGCUGAUCCCGUCCAGGGAUAUAGUAGCACACUCUAAAAAACUAAUGCACACACAGACAUUGGACCAAAUAUCUUAUCUACAGAGAAGAAAGCAAGAAAAACACAGGCAGGGAGUGUUUCUAUUCCAGGUAAUCUUCAGUCAAGUAUUGAAUCUCUGAUAACACGUCAAGGUAACUUUAUCAAACUUCAACGUAGUGAACAAAAUUCCCCGGAAAAGGAAACACUGGCUGAACCCCAUCAGUAGAGCACAGCCCUGUUUAGGAAUUCAAAGGUAGCGUGAGGUGACCAUCAACAGAGGUCUUCUGCUGAACAGAGCUUUGUCUAGCCUAGAAUUGAUGUGAUCAGGAAGUAUCUAUAUAUCAGAGUAGUGCCCUUCUCAUCCAGACGUUCUCACUCAGCUCGUGUAGCCUCCCUUAGCAUUCCUCAUGGACACAGUUAACACACAAGUCAGAACCUAACGUAACUUGACUUAUUUUUACCAGUGUCUGAGAACAGCAACAGGGCCAGGUAUGUCUGUUGCUUACAUGCAACCUCUCUUCCAGCAGAUUAGCUGUGGUGGCUGGCUAAUGCCAGCCCCAGGGCAGCAGAGCUUGCUUACAUCCUCACUGGGAGCUCCUCAUGGGAAAGACUGCUGGCCAAAUGGUGAAUGCAGACAAAAAACAGGGACAGAAAACUGGCACAAAGCGUUGGCAGAGAAAGCUGUGCUCCUGAGGAACUGUGCUACUGUGUGCUGAUAAGAAAUCUGUUGUGGAACUACCACAGCUACUUCGUGCCUUCGGAACAGAUACGUGAAGUAAACACUGGGACAAUGGAAAGACCACUUGAGGCUACCAGGAUGGAAAAGAGCACUUCCUGCUUUCUAAUGGAAAGAAAGACUCGUGUGAAGACUAGUAGGAAAGAGAUUGUGCUAGCCAAGCUGAGGAAGAGCUGCUCCUGCUCUCCAAGGAAACUGAAGAACUUCGUCAUGGACUUCCUUCCUGUUUUACGAUGGCUUCCCAAGUACCAGUGCAAAGAAUACAUUUGGGGGGACGUUAUGUCUGGGUUAGUGAUUGGGAUCAUUCUAGUGCCCCAAGCAAUUGCGUACUCACUACUGGCAGGUCUGAAGCCCAUUUACAGUCUUUACACAUCAUUCUUUGCCAACAUCAUCUAUUUCUUGAUGGGCACAUCCCGUCAUGUCUCAGUCGGCAUUUUCAGCUUGAUAAGCUUAAUGGUAGGACAAGUUGUGGACCGAGAACUUAUCUUGGCUGGGUUCGACUUGAAUGAUGAUGCCCCACCAGUCUUGGGUGACGGCUCCCUGCAGAGUGACAGCCAAUCCAACACAACUGUCUUCAACCUUACCGCGGGGGGGAUGAAUGCCGAGUGUGGGAAGGAAUGCUAUGCUAUCGGCAUUGCCACAGCCUUGACAUUUGUGGCUGGAGUCUAUCAGGUUCUAAUGGGAGUCUUUCGUCUGGGUUUUGUAUCUAUGUACCUGUCUGAGUCUGUACUAGACGGCUUUGCAACUGGUGCCUCCCUAACCAUUUUAACAGCUCAAGUGAAGUAUCUGAUUGGAAUAAAAAUCCCACGUAGCCAAGGGCACGGAAUGCUUGUAAUUACUUGGAUUAAUAUUUUCCGGAACAUUUCUCAGGCUAACAUUUGUGAUGUCAUCACAAGUGCCAUUUGCAUUGUAGUGCUGGUCGCUGCUAAAGAACUGGGAGAUCGGUAUAAGCAUAAGCUGAAGUUCCCUCUACCCACAGAGCUUGUAGUUAUUGUUGUGGCAACGCUGGUGUCACAUUAUGGAAACUUAAACGAAGUUUAUGGAUCCAGUGUUUCUGGAGCUAUUCCAACAGGAUUUAUCGCCCCCAAGGUACCACGUUUCAACUUAAUGCUCCGUGUUGCUGUAGAUGCUUUACCUCUUGCUGUAGUCAGCUUUGUCUUCACCGUAUCCCUUUCUGAAAUGUGUGCAAAGAAAUACGCUUACACCAUCCGAGCCAAUCAGGAGAUGUUCGCUGUGGGGUUCUGCAACAUCAUUCCUUCUUUCUUCCACUCUUUCGCAACUAGCGCAGCUCUGGCGAAAACACUCGUCAAGACAUCUACAGGCUGCCAGACUCAAGUCUCUGGAGUGAUCAGUGCAAUGGUGGUUUUACUGGUGCUGCUCUUCUUGGCACCUCUCUUCUACUCCUUACAGAAGUGUGUCCUGGCUUGUAUCAUCAUUGUCAGCCUCCGAGGAGCCCUGAGGAAAUUCCGAGAUGUGCCGGCACGGUACCACGCGAACAAGGUGGACACAGUGGUUUGGGUUGUUACUAUGGCUGCCUCUGCCUUGAUCAGCACAGAAGUAGGGCUGUUGGUUGGUAUUGUUUUCUCCAUGAUAUGCAUCAUUGUUCGCACACAGCGGCCACGGACAGCCCUGCUUGGUCAAAUCCAAGACACCAGCUUUUACGAGGAUGACUUAGAAUAUGAAAAUCUCUCCUCCAUUCCAAAGGUCAAAAUAUUCAGAUUUGAGGCACCACUUUACUACGCAAACAGAAACUAUUUCCUAAAGUCUCUGUACAGAUUGACUGGUUUAGAUCCUAACCUAGAAGCUGCUAGAAGGAAGAAAUAUGAGAAGAAGGAAAAGCAGCAUGUGAAAAAGGAAGAUCACACAACUGCUAAUGGACUGGGCAGCGGAGACACCACUCUGCAACUAGUUCCUAAGCAAAUCGAUUUCCAAACUCUUAUUGUAGAUUGCUCUUCCAUCUCAUUUUUGGACACCACUGGAGUUAAUACUCUAAAGGAAAUUCUGAAAGACUACAAGGAGUUAAACAUUUCUGUUCUUCUGGCUUGCUGCAAUCCCGCAGUGAUAGACUCUCUGAAAAGAGGAGGCUACUUUGGGAAAGAUUUUGGAAGUAUGCAGGAAAUGCUCUUCUACAGCAUACACAAUGCUGUGCAGUUUGCACAAGACCAAAAGCUUCCGGAAGAUUGUUCUGUUUAAUUCUGUGUUUCCCCUGAUGAUACACUUCAAAAGUGACAGAUGGGGAGGGGCAGUUUGCAAUAAUUAAAUUAUCAAACAUCCUGUGGUCUGCAUACAGCAACAGGCCUACAAAUCAUUUUUUCCUGAAGAGUUCUGUGGUUUGCUAGAUGCUACAUAGAACAGUCAUUGGGGAUAUAGUCCAGGACCAGGCUGGAACAGAUUGGAUUACUAUCUGCACCUUCACUUCAAAAUGCAGGUGAUGUGAAGGUGCUGUGAAGUCAAUCUUAAGGGCACCUUGGGACUGAUUUCCUCCCUGUGUCCUCAUCAUGUGUGACCAAACAUAUGGACCAUGAGACUGUUGUGCUGGGAAGUCUGCCCAGUGCCAGCUGCCUCUCCCAGUGGUUAAUGGCUGGUUUUAUUAAGAGGGAUGAGCCAUCUUCAAUAAAAUGCAAUGAAUCUAUCAUCUUGGACACAUAACAGUUUAUGUGGCUUGCAAGAUCCUGCCUCUUCACUCAUUCCAGACAUGCUCUGAUGCAACUCCUACUGUUUGCAUACAAAUAACAUCUAUAAAAUAUUGUGGGAUGUGUUAUGUCUCUCCUCGUCGCUUUGAUUGCAUGGACUUAAUGACACAACCUGCCACACGAGAAGAAACCACGAUUCACCACAAAUUCCUCUCAAAACCAUCUCCUCCAAAACAAACUCCUGGAGUCAUCUGUAUUAUUAACUUCGAUGUGUGGUAAUUAGUUACUAAAAGUUUUCAUACCUUUAAUAAUGCAGAAAAAAAAACAUGACCCUGAUGAACAAUUUUGUUGUUACUAGUAAAACAGGAUAAAUGUGAUUAAGAAAACUGAAUGGAUUUGACUGACAAUCAUACAGCUACUGUAGUAGUAGUAGUACCAUCCUGUCAAAAUGCGUUGCCUCUGUUGGGUAGAUUCAACUCUAAUACAGGGACGUGUAAGGAUCACUGAAUAUAAACCCUGCAACCAUGCCACAACAUGACAUGUUCCCACUACAACUGCCUGCAUGGGUGCAAGGGCAGGAGAAGAAAACAGAAGAGGGUAAGGUGGGAAGGUAAGUCUGAUCUGCCAAGUAGGGGAGCGAUUCCUCAGACAAAAAUGUCGAGCUUGUCUUCUCUGAUGCAAUGCUAAUGAAGUUUUAUAGUAGCAUACCUGGGACAAGUGAAGUGAACAAUGCUUUGUAAGCUGUGUAUCCCCAUACGCUAGAAAAAUGUCACCACUGUUUGUACAUAAUACAGACUUUUUUUUUUCUCCCUACCAUGUUAGUCUUUGAUUAGAGGUCCAAUAACCCGUGUUUUACCGAGAUGGGUUACUUUUUAUAAUAAUUUGCAUUAACAGCUGUUCAUUCUGCAUUGUGUCAAAUGACACCCUCGGAGUCAGUUUUCUUGUUUUAUAUGCAUGCUCUCUCUUUACAAAUACGCACACACCUAGAUUUUGACUGCAUCACUGUUGGUACUUAGUAUUCUAGCAUAUGGCAUUGGCAGAAUACCCUCUCUUACAUCUAAGAUCAUAAUUACCUGUAUAAAAGGUAGGUCAGGUGCCCUACCUUUCUCUUCUUAGUCAUGGCUGGUUCACACAUGGAAUAACGCAUGGAAGGAAACUGUCACAGCUGUGCCUUGUACACUUAGCAGACUCUAGAAAUGAGUUCUAUAUAUGCUGAAGCCAUUUCUCUGCUGUGUCAUUUAAAAAAAAAAAUUGCUGAGCCAACACAUCAUGUGACUUGCUUAUUUCAACUUUUCAGGUCACUGAAUGAAAGAACACUCAAACUGAGGUUUUCCAGGUGCCCCAGAGCCUUUCUGGCUCUCGAGAACAAAUAUUUCAUUACAGGAAAAGCAAUGCAUUCCCAAAAGACAAAAUAAAAAAUGUCUUCACAGGGAUUGAGAAUAGCACAGAACUAGGUAAGUGACUCAAUGCUGACAUUCUUAUGUGCUCAUUACAAAACAACAUAUCAGCUGCACAGUUAGCACUGCCACAGCAGUAAAACCUGACAGAAAUGCCUACCGAGAGAUUACAGGAUUGACCACUGGCAGUGUUUUCCUGCCAUAAAACAAUCUAAUUACAUAAUUCUUUAAAGUGCUGAUUUGGUAUGAUGAGCUUAUUUCUGUCAUAAAAGCAAAUGAACAGAGCCCAAGGACAAAGCGCUGCUUUGUGUCUGGUUUUCUUUGUAACAAUUCUUUGAUCAGGGAGUAUCUCUUCUAAUGUCUUGCCAGAACCUCACAUGAAGAAGUGGGUUCACAGGAAUUACUGCUAAACAAUUAGUAUCAAUACAGACACUCUUAGGCUGUUGUGACAAAGCAUCCACUGCUGGAAGUCAGCUUAAAUUGUUUCAGUCCAAAAACCUUUUAUCCUUAUCGGUCAAGCUACCAACUAGGAACAUAAAGGAAAAAAAUGAAAAAAUACUUUUAACUCUAAAUUAAUCUUAUUUUAAAAGAGA